UGGCUGCCGGUGGUGCUGUGUGCCGCCGCCGUCUUCCUGGGCGGCGAGGUGCUGCCCUACUCCGUCUGCUCGCGGCACGGGCUGGCCAUCGCCUCCCACACCCUGUGCCUCACCCGGCUGCUGAUGCUGGCCGCCUUCCCCCUCUGCUACCCGCUCAGCCGGCUGCUGGACUGGGCGCUGCGGCAGCUCCGCGUCCUCCCCACGAGGGAGCGGCUGCUGGAGACGCUGCGCGCCGCCGGCCCCCACGGCGACCUGGUGCGGGAGGAGUUGGCCAUGGUGCAGGGCGCGCUGGAGCUGCGCACCAAGGUGGUGGAGGAUGUGCUGACGCCGCUGGCCGACUGCUUCAUGCUCCGUGCCGAUGCCGUGCUGGACUUCGCCACCGUCUCCGAGAUCCUCCGCUCCGGCUACACCCGCAUCCCCAUCUACGAGGGCGACCGGCGCGACAACAUUGUCGACCUGCUCUUCGUCAAGGACCUGGCCUUCGUCGACCCCGACGACUGCACCCCCCUGCAGACUGUCACCCGCUUCUACCGCCGCCCGCUCCACUGCGUCUUCAACGACACGCGGCUCGACACGCUGCUUGAGGAGUUCAAGAAGGGAAAGUCCCACCUGGCCAUCGUGCAGCGGGUGAACAAUGAAGGGGAAGGAGACCCGUUCUACGAGGUGAUGGGCAUUGUCACCCUGGAGGAUGUCAUUGAGGAGAUCAUCAAGUCUGAGAUCCUGGAUGAGACGGAUCUGUACACGGACAAUCGGAAGAAGGAGCGGGUGCCCCACCGGGGACGCAAGCCCCAGGACUUCUCCAUCUUCAGGCUCUCGGACAGCGAGAUGAAGGUGAAGAUCUCCCCGCAGCUCCUCCUGGCUACGCAUCGGUUCAUGGCAACAGAAGUGGAGCCUUUCAAGUCCCCCUACUUCUCUGAGAAGAUCCUGCUGCGGCUCCUGAAACACCCCAACGUCAUCCAGGAGCUCAAGUACGACCGAAAGAACAAGAAGGCAGCGGAGCAUUACCUCUACCAGCGCAACCGCCCUGUCGACUACUUCGUCCUCAUCCUGCAGGGGAAAGUGGAGGUGGAGGUUGGCAAGGAAGGACUGCGGUUUGAGAACGGGGCAUUCACCUACUACGGCGUCCCUGCCAUCAUGGCUGUCGUCUCCUCAGAUAAUGACAUGCGGAAAGUGGGCAGCCUGGCUGGAUCCUCCUUCCUAUUGCCUGUCUCAGUGUCCCGUACCUUCGCCUUCAGCAGAGGGGACUCCCUGGCUGGCUCUCCAGUGAACAGGUCACCGUCGCGGUGCAGCGGGCUCAACCGCUCCGAGUCCCCCAACCGGGAGCACAAUGACUAUGGGGGCAGCACCACACAGCUCCACAGCAGCAGCAACAACAUCUACACACCCGACUACUCCGUGCACAUCCUCUGCGACGUGCAGUUUGUCAAGGUCACCCGGCAGCAGUACCACAACGCGCUGGUGGCCAGCCGCAUGGACAGCUCGCCCCAGUCUCCCGACAUGGAGGCCUUUGACAGGGAUUCAACCAAGGCCUCGACCGCACGGGAAACCCCACAGACACCCAAGGAAGAUGCCACCACCCUCCUGAAUGAGAGGAACAGCAUCAUGUGCAGCCGCUCCGAGGGGCUGCGCAGUCCCAGCGAGUCGGUGUUCCUGCGCAUGGAGGGCAUCCCCUUCAUCCAGGAGGAGCUGGCUGACAACGAGGAGAACAGCAAGCGGCAAAGUGGGCGCAAGCAGCGGCCGUCGCCGGAGGGUGAGAAGACGCCAGAGGAGAGCUCCAAUCUCGCCCCAUUAAUCACCUGA